GAUUUGAUGGUUCAUCCAAGCGGCUCCUCACACCGCUUGCUACCUGCAAUUGUGCUCAUUGCUAUUUUUAUUCUACUAAGCAAUUUUUUCAAAAAAAGUCAAUCGCGCGUGAAUUCGGAAGAGGAGAGAAGGCAUCCUUCAGCUUUUACCACCAUCAUUGUUGUGACACCUACGCAUAAAAGACCGGAGAGGCUUGCCGACAUGAUAAGGUAUGGUGUGCCACACGUUUACUUAGCUACCACCUCAUCCGCCGGAAUGCCCAGUAGAGGAUGGACACAUCGCAACGUCGCUCUGCAAUAUGUGAGAGAAAAUUACGAUAGGAAUCGCAGUGCUGUGUUGUAUUUCGCCGAUGAUGACAACACGUACGACAUUCGGCUAUUCAACAACUACAUACGAAAAGUAACAAGAAUAGGAGUAUGGGCGGUCGGGCUAGUGGGCGGAGCUUGGGUAGAAGCACCACACGUUUCAUCCGGUGGGAAAGUGAUCGCUUGGGAUGUAAUGUUCGCCCCUGGUCGACCGUUCGCCACUGAUAUGGCUGGAUUUGCAAUCAACAUCAGGGAACUGUUUAGAGCUCGAAAGUAUAUACUUCUUUUUCCGAGCGGAGCAAACGUAUAUAUCUGCGCAAAGACCUACAAACAAGGCCCUGAAUCGUGCUUCCUCUCACAGUUUGGAUUUAAGAAGGAAGACCUCGAGCCAUUUGGUUAUAACGAUUAUCCAAAGGAGAUUCUCGUAUGGCACACAAGAACUUCCAGGUCAAAAACAAAAGGGCCGAAACGUGGUUAUGCCAUAGAAUCAAAUAAUUGA